AUAAUAAUAAUAAUAAUAGGAGGAGGAGCAGAGAAGACAAAAACACUUCAUUUAUUUAUUCCAGUCUGGCUGAUUGUGUAUGUAGCCAAACAUGUUCAAGUAUCGGAUCCGCAUGUUUUUCAAUGAACUGAAGGUCCUGGUGUUUAUGCGAUCCGAUUCAAGACAGUCCAGCUCAGACACAGAUAGACGGUCCACCACCAACAACACCACCAACAACAACACCUCCACCUCCUCCUCCGCCGCCGCCACCACCGCUAUGCGAGGUCUGGGGAUGGGCGGCUGCGGUUGGCCGCCUUUCGUCGACUGCCAUUCCCGGGAUGAUGAGGAGGAGUACUACGGCAGCGACCCGAGGCCCCGGAGCUUGGCGUUUGAAGACAAGGAGCCCAAACUGCAAGUGGGCCUGGAUGCUGUGUCUCUUGCAAGCACCGCCAGCAGCCUGCGGACCCCCCAGUGCCGGAUCUGUUUCCAAGGCCCAGAGCAGGGCGAGCUGCUGAGCCCCUGCCGCUGCGACGGCUCGGUGCGCUGCACCCAUCAGCCCUGCCUCAUCCGCUGGAUCAGCGAGAGAGGAUCCUGGAGCUGCGAGCUGUGCUACUUCAAGUACCAGGUCCUGGCCAUCAGCACCAAGAACCCUCUGCAGUGGCAGGCCAUCUCUCUGACGGUGAUCGAGAAGGUGCAGAUAGCGGCCAUUAUCCUGGGUUCCCUUUUCCUCAUCGCCAGCAUCUCCUGGCUCAUCUGGUCCUCCCUCAGCCCGUCGGCCAAGUGGCAACGUCAGGACCUGCUCUUCCAAAUCUGCUACGGCAUGUACGGCUUCAUGGACAUCGUCUGCAUAGGCCUCAUCAUCCACGAGGGAUCGUCGGUGUAUCGAAUCUUCAAACGAUGGCAGGCUGUCAAUCAGCAGUGGAAAGUACUGAACUAUGAGAAAUCAAAGGACUUGGGCGACCCGGUGAGUUCGAGCAGUAAGGCGGGGGGUCGCGGCUCGCGCGGCAACCCUCACGGCUUGGCCAGCAGCAGCGGCGGGCGACAUGGCAGGAGGUUAAGAACUAUUCUGAACCACCACUGUGGAUACACCAUCUUGCACAUCUUGAGCCAACUGCGGCCCAACGACCCGCGGAUCAGCGCCGCCGCCAACCGGGAGGUGGUGAUGAGGGUCACCACCGUAUGAGGCACCGGAGAUGGGAUUGACCUCGUCUUUGUGUCCAGAUGUAAAUGAGAGGACGGACUUAUGGACCUGUUAUUAAAAUACUAAAGACUCAUGUGGGCAACAGGAGCCUGACAGACAGCACACACUCGAGGAUUUCUCCUCUUUUUGUUUCGUACAACAAAAGGAAGCCAGAUCCUCCUUUUCAAUAAUUAAAGAACUUAAAGAAAACAAAGAAGAAGAAGCGUUGAAAGACAAACAUGAAACAUGAGGGGGGAUAAAAGUGUAAACAGGCUUUAUAACCGAAUCCAAGAUGAUGAGACGUUUUUUCCAGUUCAAUAUCAGGAUGCACAGAGACAUUUUUCUUUGGUUUGAUUUGUUCUUUUUGGGUUUUUUGUUGUUUUUUUUGUUUUUUUUUACUCACUUUGAUUUUGUACGGAUGUAUGAUUUUAGAUGAAAUCAUGUAACUCCAUACAUGCCAAGCAUUUACAUUUCCAACUAUGUAUAAUGAUCUUAAAAAUUUCUACAAGCGAAACCAAUGCUGGGAAAUAAGACCGAAAACUGAAACAAACAAACAAACGUGAGUUUGGGGGGAAACUGAAUAAUAAAAAGUUAAAAAAAUAAUAAUAAUAAUAAAGAAAACAAUAAGAUUUCAGUGACACUUAAACCUUUCUGCAAUAAAGAUACGUAUGUACAUUUCACAGGGAAUUUUGCAUGGGUAUAUAAUUUUAUUCUUCAUCACAUAACAUAAGCACAUGACAAAUUUGCUCUAUUUCGAAUGGUGCUUGCCAAAAUAAACACUUUAAAAACAUCUGAUUUCAUUGCACCAACUUUUUGUCAACAUGACAAACGGGCAGUGUGUUACGGCUCUUUCAGCUAAAAUACAGAUUGUUGCUGCUGUGUGCUGAUUCAGAUUUGAUAAUAAGUAAACUAUUGGAUUAAAAAUGGGGAUCAGACGAUCUCUUACUACUCA